GCAGAUUGCUAAUUGUUGUGGUAAAGAUUGAUGUUUUCCCUCUAUUUUAUGUUAUGUAGAUAUAUUAAAAUUAAAUCAAGCUUUUCUAUGUGGCUGGUAACGGUGGACCAUCCAACAAAGAGCUGUUGAAGGCAAUAUGAAAAUUCAACGUGGUUGCUGUUCAUUUCUGCUUGUUGGAAUAUUAUAUCAUUGUAAGAUUUUAAAAGGAAUGAAUUAUAACACAAAUAAAAACUAAAACAUAACAUUUGUGAUGGUAUACACACAGUUGUUUGUUGGAAGUAAAUAUAGGUAUAAUAUAAGAAAAUGGACGUUCCUUUUUACUAUUUAUUUCUUGUUAGCUUCCACGUCAAUGAAAGAAAUACGCUCUGGUGAACAGAUCAAACUUGAAUGUACCUUUAAAAACCCGACCAAAGAUGUGCUAUGGUUAAAAGACAAUAAGACAAUUAAUUUUGAAAACUCUCGUUACUUGUUGAGAAAAUCUGGAAAGGUUUUUAAAAUAAGAAAUGUGGGUGAAAGAGAUAUUGGUAUAUAUUCUUGUAACGACGUCACUGAAGGACAACCUCACAAAGAAUUGAUAGCAUAUAAUGUCUCAUUGGUCAAAGAAGACCAGUUACAUUUCACCAACAAGAAGAAGAUGGAACUAAAUAAAAACAGGAUGUCACCAUCGGGGACAGAAAUUACGUUUUAUUGUAAAGCUGAUGGCGAAGGACCUAUUAAAUAUAAAUGGUUUAAAGACAAUAAGUUACUACUCACCAGAAGAGUGGACUCGACGUUAGUCGUAAAUCAACCUACGUUGAAAUUAAAAACACUUGUUGUAUCCGAUUCUGCAGUUUACACUUGUCGUGCGGAAAAUAAAGAUGGUUCUAUAGAAUUUAACUAUACACUAACUGUUAAAGAACAAAUCAGGACAACACCGUACCUUGAAAAAGGUUCUGUUAAAAACCAAACAAGAUAUGUUGGCGAUAAUACAACUAUAGAAUGUUACGAACUUAUUAGUGGUACGAUUCCUGACUUUCGUUGGUUGAAAUGGAAAGGUGCUUUCAAUCAAACUGUGUUAAAGAAAGCUGCGGAUUCAGAUUUGCAUGAUGUCGAUCAAAAUGUUUUAGAAGUGCUCAACGUGGAUUUAUUUAAGGAAAUAUCCAGAUCUUUAAGUGGUAUGAACCCAAACAAAAAGAAUAUUUUUGGCGUUGAGCUAGUCUUAGUAAACUUAACAGUAAAUGAUUCUGGUUAUUACACAUGCUUAGCCAGCAACCAUAUUGGAAGUGACAGUGCUAACAUGUAUCUGAAUGUAUUACCAAGAGGCAUGUUUCAGCAAAAACUGCAAGAGAGUGAAGAAGGUCCAAAUAUGACAAUGUUGAUUGUGAUAGCUGUGUUGGGAAUGGCGGUGGUUUUUACCCUGUCAUGCAUGGCAAUUGGAUGUGUCUAUUGGAGAAAGAAGAAGCCAGCAGACCAUACUGGCGUAAUAUUCACGGAUGGGAAUAUGACUAAACUCAAUUUGGAUUCAGAUAAACCAAGAAGGAUGCGGGGGUUAUCUAGUAACGGUUCUUUUGCACCGCUGUUAUCUAAUGGUAGUGUCCGCAGUACGUCGGAAUCACGAGCAAUGUAUGGUGAUUUAGAAGCUGGAUUCGAAAUUCCCUUUGAUCCAGAGUGGGAGAUUGAUCGUGACUGUUUGCAUAUUACUGAAACACUUGGUGAGGGAGCUUUUGGAGUUGUAGUGAAAGCGCAGGCAGUUGGGUUGAAAAAAUGUGAAGAACAUCAAACAUCUGUCGCUAUAAAAAUGUUAAAAGCCGAUGCUGUUGAAAAUGAACUUUUGGAUCUGCUGUCAGAGAUGGAAACAAUGAAAACCAUAGGAAGGCAUCAAAAUAUAAUCAAUUUUAUUGGAUGUUGUACUCAAAGUGAUCCAGUAUACGUGGUGGUUGAGUAUGCACCCCAUGGAAACUUACGCCAAUAUCUUCGCUCUAAACGCCCUCCGCCAUCUGAUUCUGAUGAACGCCCGAAACCUCUACUUGCGACUAAAGACAUGGUCUCUUAUGCGUUACAGAUUGCAAAAGGGAUGGAAUAUCUUGCUUCUAGGAAGUGCAUCCAUCGCGAUCUUGCAGCUCGUAAUGUUUUGGUUGGCGAAAAUUACGUCAUCAAGAUUGCAGAUUUUGGUCUAGCAAGAAGUACGAACGAUAUUGAUUAUUACAGAAAAACUACAGAUGGACGGCUUCCAGUUAAAUGGCUUGCUAUUGAAGCUCUGUUUGAUCGCAUCUACACAACGCAGAGCGAUGUUUGGGCAUUUGGAGUGUUAUUAUGGGAGAUAUUUACGCUGGGUGGAUCGCCCUAUCCUGGUAUACCUGUCGAGAGGUUGUUUGACCUCCUCAAAUCUGGCUUUCGUAUGGAUAAACCACAAGUCUGUCCUUCCGAAAUAUAUGAAAUCAUGGUUAAAUGUUGGUAUGAGAAUCCAAGUAAUCGACCAAGUUUUACGGAUCUUCUACAGGAACUUGAAUCACUUCUAGAAGAACUUACCAGUCAGGAAUAUAUACAAGUUCUUGCGCCCUCUGUAUCUUCUUUGACGUGUUCAAGCGACGAUGAUGACGAAAGUGACGACUAUGAAAUUGACGUAAACAGUCCGUUCGUUUAACGAUAAAAAAACAAAAUGUGUGAGAUAUUUAGGAAAUGUUUCCUAUUUAUUUCGUCGUCAACCCGACCUAGCAAUGAUGUUCCAACAAGAAGAAAAGCAUUGUCGGCUUUAGCAUGACUCUCGUUCCAGUGAAGUCGCCACAUGGAAAAAACGAUUUCGUUUCAAGCACGAAAAAAAAGCAAAAUAAGCACUAAGAUGGAGAACAUUUUAAAAUAUUUUAUGGAUGCCACAGGGGCGAAAUAUUUUAUUAAUAAAAACAAAGAACUUAUGUUUUUUACACUUUUAUAUCUGUACAUAUAUACAUAUCUAUAAUUUUAAACUUUUUAUAAUCCUCUUCAGUUGUUUUUUGUACUGAUUUUUUUUUGUUUUUACAUUUUUCAACGUAUACAGUUUUAUGUAUUUAUAUGUCAGUAUGUGGUUUUGUAUUUUACAUAACAAUUAGCUUUUGUCAAUAGGUCAACACUUUUUAGAUUUCAAGAACCAGUUUAUAUACUUGAAUGUCGACCGAUUAAUUUAGUGGGAACUAGUUCUUAAAUAUUUCAUUUUUGACGCUCCAUCAUCAACACUUAAUUUUAGCACCAAUAUUUGAGUUAUGUGCUUGACCUUUUCCAGUCAUCCUUGAAUCCAGUAUUUAAAAUGACACUCAAGUUUGUUUGUUUAAUUAUAUGAAUAAUUUAUUUCAUUUUUCAAAUUAAUUAUUUUGUAUAAUACAUUAACUCCUAUAA